UGAAGAGCACAACCCAGCCGCUCCCUGAGCCUCCCUCCCCUCCCUCCCUCCGUUCUCCUCUGGUCAUGGACUACGACCGCAACGACGCCCUCCUCCACUGGCUCUUCCGCCAGACUCAGGGCGACGCCUGGUUCCGCCCCAACGAAGAGAACAUAUCCUCUGGCGUAGCCCUCAGAGUAAACGACGGCGCGACCAAUGCUGGCUUCCCCGAGUUCCGCGUCUUUCCCUACGAGAACGCCUCCCUCGAGCCCUUCGAGACAGCCGUGUCCGCGCUCAACCCCGUCGUCGCAAUCAAAGUGCGCUCUGCCGCCGUACACGCCGCACUCGCUGAUGUGGCUCCAGAAGACAAGUCGAUCUACGUCGACUCCGAGACGCGCAUCCAGAUCCUCGACACGAUGCUGCACCUCCCGCAGGCCGAUCGGGAGCAGUGUGCUGCGUUUGUCGGCGACGAACGCAUAAUGGUCAUCUGGUCCGAGUCGCUCGACCGCAUCGUGCCCCUCUGCCAGGACUUUGAGGAGCGCCUCAUCAAGCUGCUCUGGCGCUCGCGGCCGGUUAUCACUUCAUCCACUUCCACCUCUGGCGCUGGUGCCCCAUCCGCCUUUGGUGGCCGCUCGGCGAGCGGGGCGGCCAGUGUGAAUUUGAGUGCGAGCGCGAAUGGGAGUCUGGCGGACCAUGGGAGUAGUGAGGCGUUCAUGCCGGGGAACACGAAUAGGUAUUCGAGGGUUGGGUCGAGGCCUGGGAGCCUACGAGGUUCGGCGCUAGGUCAGAACGCAAAUACGCCAGGGCAAGGACAAGGCGGCGGUGGGGGAGGAACGGGUGGGUUGGUGAGGGGAAUCUACGGCGAACAAGGCAGGGAGUACGAAGAUGAAACAGAGGACGAGAAGAUGGGGUCGACGACUGUCAACUCCAAGGAAGCUUCAAAUUCUUCCGAUACUGGCCCUGGCGGGCCGCACGACCCGCGCUCGACCAAACGCUCGCGCGCCAGCGCCAAGGGAUACACAAGAACGUGGUACGGGCGUAAGGUCCCGCUCCCUCCCUCCGCGGGGUAUGACCUCGAAGGGUUGGGCUAUGGGGGGCGAAAGGGCAACGGAGGGAAGGAAGGAGACAAGGGAGACGGCAAGCGCCCGAUCAUGCAGUACGCGCCACUGUACAACGGGCUCGCGGCGGGCAUCGCGCUCGUGUUCGUCGGCGCGUCGGUGCGGACGCUGCUGAUGGAGUGGAUGCUCGACGGGGACGCGGUACGCUUCGCGCUGGUCGCGGUUGUGCCGUUGCUUUAUUGUGUGUCUUUGGUCUUCGCCCUCCAGAUCAUCCAGAACCUCUCCAUGUCCCUCGGGCCCAUCGCGCACUACCACACCAACUCGAAAUACUACUCCGCCGUGCGCCCCCCGCCCUCCACCGCGCUCGACAACGCGCUCCCACACAUAACCAUCCAGAUGCCCGUGUACAAAGAAUCCCUAUCCACCGUCCUCGCUCCUUCCAUCCGGUCUAUCAAGAAAGCCAUGCAGACCUAUGCGAGACAGGGCGGGACCAGUGCCAUCUUUGUUUGUGAUGACGGGCUGAGGUUGUUGAGUGCGCCUGAGAGAGACGAGAGGCUGGCGUUUUACGCUAACCAUAAUGUGGGAUGGGUGGCGCGGCCGAGGCAUGAGGAGGGGAAGGCGGAGGGAAGGUUUGAGAGAAAGGGGAGGUUCAAGAAGGCGAGUAAUAUGAAUUAUGGGCUGGCGCUGUCGUUGAAGAUGGAGAGGCAUUUGGAGCGGCUCGUCCAAGAGGCGAAGGAGAAGGAGAACAGCAAGGAGAAUAAUGGGCUGAGGACUUCGACGUCGUCGAAUGGGCAUCGGGCCAGCGUGUCGGGCGACGGGCACGCAGCCGGACAGAGCCAGAGGAGAGCAGGAGGACCAGGAGAACAGCAGAAGUACGGCAUCCAGUACCAGAACCGCGACGGCGACGAGUCCGUCGUGUGGGGCCGCGCUUCCUCCUCCGUUGCCAACCCGCUCUCCUCAACCCCCCAGCCCGCACACAUCCCAGCCACCGUCUUCCUCGCCGAAGACGACCUCGAAGAGCGCGCUUUGGGCCUCGCGAUCGAGGAGGUGUGGGAGGAGAGCGGGCGGCGGCACCGGCCGUGGGCGGCCAACGGGCGCGCGACGCGUAUCGGGGAGAUUGUGCUGUUGGUGGACUCGGAUACGGUGGUUCCGGAAGAUUGUUUGAGAGACGCGGCGCGGGAGAUGGGCGCGUGUCCGAAUGUGGCGAUUAUACAGCAUGAGAGUGGUGUGAUGCAAGUCGCGCACCACUAUUUCGAGAACGGGAUCGCGUACUUUACGAAGCGCAUCAAUAAGUGUAUCUCCAUUUGAUGCGCCAACGGCGAAGUCGCCCCGUUCAUGGGCCACAACGCGUUCCUGCGCUGGAAAGCCAUCCAAGAUGCCGUCUUCGUCGAUCCGGCAGACGGCAAGGAGAAGAUCUGGUCCGAGUCGAACGUGUCCGAGGACUUUGACAUGGCGCUCCGGCUGAUCCUCAAGGGGUACAUCGUCCGGUGGGCCACGUACUCGAAGGGAGGCUUCAAGGAAGGCGUCUCGCUCAGCGUGGACGAUGAACUUAAUCGCUGGCAGAAGUAUUCGUACGGGUGUAAUGAGUUGCUAUUCAACCCUAUCGUUCAAUGGUGGCGAAAAGGCCCGAUCAACCGCCAAAUCCACACCUUCCUGUGGUCGAAAGCCCCUUUGCACUACAAGAUUUCGAUGAUGGCUAACGGACAUCUCGCAGAUGGCAUUGCAGGCUCGAUAACGAUAUCGCUCAUCAAUUACGUCCUCCUGGGCUUCCAGUUCCCGGUCGAUGGGUUCUUCAUGCACAGUUUCGAAAUUUUCCUCGCUACCACCGUCGUCUUCUGGGGGUCUGGUACGGUCGGAUAUACCCUCCUGGAGUACCGCCUUGGACAAAAGAAGUUGGUGCCAGCGUUCAUUGAGAACCUGAUGUGGAUUCCAUUCUUGUUCUUCUUCUUUGGUGGCCUUUCGAUACCCGUUACCCAGGCGAUCCUUGCGCAUCUGUUCUCGUACAACAUCCAAUGGUCGGCCACGAUCAAGGAGGUGCAGCGCUCCAACUUCUUCAAGGAGAUACCGAAGAUUGCUCGACGGUUCUGGUUCCCUAUGGCCAUGUCCAUUAUCAUUAUCGCCGGCAUGAUAAUCUGCUCGACGUCCUUGGUGCCAUUUGAAUGGAGGAUAGAUGGCUCUGCCUGGGCUGUCAUCUUACCUCUCUCGCUGUCGGUGGCAUGCCAUAUCUUGUUCCCAGUUGUAUUGAACCCGUGGCUGAUGGUGUUCUCAUAUUAAU